CAGAGGUUGGCGCCGGGGAAGCGCACCCUCUUCGGCUCCCUUCGCUCGGUCUGGUGCUGGUCCCGGCGCUUCCGGACGCGCGAUCGGAGAGUGGGGAGCGCCCUGGAGGGAGGGAAGCCCAGGUAUCACCAUGGCAACCGCCAGCCUUGCGGCCACGUGACGUCAUCGUCCUCGCCCCGCUGGAAGCGGCCUCUGAAGGAGGGAGCUGGGGAGUCCUCGGAGGGGGCGCCCCUCGCCUGCUUCGGCGCGGGGCGGUUCCGCCCUGAUCCCUCGGAGGGCUUUGUUCUUUUGUUCCGGCCUGGGAGGAAGGGCCGGGGGCGGCCCCGCCCCGCUGGUCCAGCUUCCAGCGUUUCCAGCCCGCAACAGGUGUGCCUUCCCGUUCGCGAGCCGGGGUGUGAGCCCGCAGGGCUGCCUCGCUUCGCCCGUGUAAGGGCUCAGCCGGCGCAGACUCCCGAGGCCCCCCCGACCGAGGUCCGCAGCUGGAAGGACGCUGCGUGGGAAACCCUGGUGUCCAGGCUGCGGAGGAACGGGAUGCGCUCCUGAGAUGGAAGAGCUGCCCUGUUCGGAGUCCCGCCUUCUUCCUGGGGGCCAUCCUUUCCUCCCGUCAGCCAGUUUUCACGUAAGUUGGAAUUGCCUGAAAUGCCAUGAAUCCGUGACCUUCAAGGAUGUGACAGUGGAUUUUACCCAGGAGGAAUGGAAACAGCUGGACCCUGUACAGAGAGAUUUGUUCAGGGAUGUGACGCUGGAGAAUUACACACACCUCGUCUCUAUAGGACUCCAAGUCUCCAAACCUGAUGUGAUUUCCCAGUUAGAGCAAGGGACGGAGCCAUGGGUGGUGGAGUCCGGCGUGCCAGGAGCUGCCAGUGGGGAUCGGGACACCAGACCGGAAAAUAGCUGCGCGGUCCCCGAGCCAGACAUUUCUGAAGAGCAGCCGUGUCAGGGGGCAGCGGAGGAAAACCACAGAAGGGAGGACCCUUGCUGUUCUGACUUGUCAGAACUCUGGGGGUACGAAGGCGGUCUGGGGAAGCGUCAGGCACAGCAGCAGGCACCGCCAAGAGAAAUAAAAAUAACUGAAAAGACAGUACCCACUUGGGAGAGAAGCCCUGUAGGUAAGGACUCUGACAGAAGCAACAGCGUGAGCUCAAACCUGGGGACACAAACAUCUGCAGCAGAGGCCACCACUAAGCCGAGUGCCAAACAGAAUAUAAACCCGGUCAGAAAAGAGAAGUCUUGUAAGUGCAACGAAUGUGGGAAAGCGUUCAGCUAUUGUUCAGCUCUCAUCCGCCAUCAGAGGACGCACACCGGGGAGAAGCCUUACAAAUGCAACGAAUGUGAAAAAGCCUUCAGCCGGAGUGAAAACCUGAUCAACCAUCAAAGAAUUCACACUGGAGACAAACCCUACAAAUGUGAUCAGUGUGGGAAAGGCUUCAUUGAGGGUCCAUCUCUUACUCAACACCAGAGAAUCCACACUGGAGAGAAACCCUACAAGUGCGACGAGUGCGGGAAAGCCUUCAGUCAGAGGACCCAUCUUGUGCAGCACCAGAGAAUUCACACUGGGGAGAAGCCGUACACCUGCAAUGAGUGUGGAAAAGCUUUUAGUCAGAGAGGCCACUUUAUGGAACAUCAGAAAAUCCACACGGGAGAAAAACCUUUUAAAUGUGACGAAUGCGACAAAACCUUCACCAGGAGCACACACCUGACUCAGCAUCAAAAAAUCCACACUGGAGAGAAGACCUAUAAAUGUAAUGAAUGCGGGAAGGCCUUCAAUGGGCCCUCGACAUUUAUUCGCCACCAUAUGAUUCAUACUGGUGAAAAACCCUAUGAAUGCAACGAAUGUGGGAAAGCCUUCAGUCAGCACUCGAACCUCACUCAGCAUCAGAAAACGCACACCGGGGAGAAGCCGUAUGACUGCGCCGAGUGCGGAAAGUCCUUCAGUUACUGGUCCUCUCUUGCUCAACAUCUGAAAAUUCAUACCGGAGAGAAACCGUACAAAUGCAAUGAAUGUGGGAAGGCCUUCAGUUACUGCUCGUCCCUGACCCAGCAUCGGAGAAUUCACACCAGGGAAAAGCCCUUUGAAUGCAAUGAGUGUGGAAAGGCUUUCAGUUAUCUCUCCAACCUGAACCAACAUCAGAAGACGCACAGCCAGGAGAAAGCUUACGAAUGUAAGGAAUGUGGGAAAGCUUUUAUCCGGAGUUCGUCUCUUGCUAAACACGAGAGAAUUCACACCGGUGAGAAGCCCUAUCAGUGUCACGAAUGUGGGAAAACCUUCAGUUACGGCUCCUCCCUGAUUCAGCACAGGAAGAUACACACCGGAGAAAGACCUUACAAGUGCAACGAGUGCGGGAGAGCCUUCAACCAGAACAUACACCUCACGCAACACAAGCGGAUUCACACGGGAGCGAAGCCUUACGAGUGCACGGAGUGUGGCAAAGCCUUCCGGCACUGUUCCUCUCUCGCGCAGCAUCAAAAGACUCACACAGAAGAAAAACCCUACCAGUGUAAUAAAUGUGAAAAGGCUUUCAGCCAGAGCUCUCACCUGACUCAGCACCAGCGCAUUCACACGGGAGAGAAGCCCUAUAAGUGCAACGAGUGCGACAAAGCCUUCAGCCGCAGCACGCACCUGACAGAACACCAGAACACACAUUCGGGGGAGAAACCCUACAACUGUAACGAGUGCAGGAAGACCUUUAGCCAGAGCACGUACCUCACCCAGCAUCAGAGGGUCCACUCGGGAGAGAAGCCCUUUGGGUGUAGCGACUGCGGGAAAGCCUUCAGGUACCGCUCUGCUCUCAACAAACACCAGAGGCUGCACCCUGGCAUCUGACCCUUGGUGCGAACAUCACGGACGUAGCAGACAUGUACUCUGGUCUUUCUUUCAUUAAGUGCUGAAGACUCCGAGUGAAAAACCGCCUAAAAGAUUUUAACUUUUCAUGGUCACACUAUGGAACAGCCCAUACACUGGGCUGAAGUAAUCCAAUUGUUUUCAAGCAACUCUGUGACCAUGGAAAAUUCGACUGUUUUAAGCUUCACUUUGCUCUAUGAAUGGGGGAUUUGGAGUGGACGGUUUCGAAGGUUUGGAAUUUUAUAUUCCACUUUUCUGUGUUCACAGCGUGCUCUUGAACAGGGCUGCUGCACGCCAGCAUUUGGCUGUGUUGCAUCUAGAGUGUGUGUACUUAUGCAUGUUUUGCCAAUAGAAAGCGUUUGUGCUUCAGUGACUCGGCUGGGGACCUAUUACGUUCUUGUUCUAAUGCAUUUAAGUUGAUUAACAGUUCGUAAUAAAAAUAAUUGUAAAGCAUUCUUAAACUAAUAAUUCAUCAGUAAUACCAGCUUAUGUCAGUGCAAACAUUAAACUUCCUGUUACUCACUCUUCUGGUUUUAACGUUCCAGGAGUUCAUCACAACUUACGAAGAUCGUCUUCUGUACCCGAAACCAGUGUUAUUUAGACGUCAUUGCAUCGUGGAGUCACUUCAGAAACUUUAUAAAAUUCUACUGCCAUGGCCCUGUGGCUCAGAGGCUAUAAUGUCGUGGCCGGGGGUUAGGGACCUGGCACACUACUAACGUGCCCGCCGGAAAGAACAAGGGGGUGGGUGUCAUUACCCCUCCUUUAGCUGCGGAGUCUUCCUGUGGCUCCUCCUACGGGCCUCACAGAUGAGCUGCUAUACACAGAAUAUAAUUUCCAUAACGUUUUGUAAGCUGGGUUCUCACAGGCUCUGGGAUUUAUUUUUUCAAUUUAUUUCCUCACCAGAGUGUGGAAAUUAAACAGCUGCAUAAAAGUCA